UCGACGUAACAAGUAUUGUAGCUGCUCGCAUCAUGAGAAGCGGCGGUCGGUCCGCCUGCUACAGAACAGUAAGGCCGCUCGCUGCACGAUCGGGACACGACGUCGCGGGACGCGGUACUCGAAGAGAACGCCAGUUGAAGCUGCGCUAGUUGGAGAAACUACGUGGAAAAACGUCGCAGGUCUGAGCGCUGGCUGGAGCAGCUUCGGGUCGCUUCUUGUCCGUCACAUUUGGAAGUUUCGCGACCUGCACAAGCGAAUUUGACCCGGUUAGGAUGAGUCCCGCCAUUUGCGCGGCGGGCGGUAUGAGUGCGGCGUUAAGCUCAUCGCCGUCUUCGAGCUGGAACUUGGGCGUGCAGCGCCGGGAUCGCAAACUGUGGACGGCCACUGCCGAAAGACUGGAGGCCGACGUGGCCGUGCUGCAGCUCACGCUCGUGGAGCUGGAGGAGAUGCUUAGGCAGCUCAUGUGUGUUUCGCUGCCCAACCCUCGCAUCCGAGGCGACGAGAUUGCGGCGUUAAUCACGGCGCUGGCACAAAUUCUACCAUUGAGCUCGGGUCUGCUGUGCUCGGAGUUCACACGUUUCGUGCAGAAGUGCUGUAGCAGGGAGAGAGUGUUGUUCUCAUGUGCUCAGCUGAGUGUGGUCAUGACGUUCUUCUUGAAGUUCAUCAAGUCGUGUCCGAGCUGGUAUACGGCCAACUCGAUCCGCGCACUGGGCCAAGUGCUGCACGACAAUGCCGACCGGGCCAGUAACGAGUUCGAGCUGCUGUUUGCGGUGCUGAUGAAGCACUUGGACCCGUCGGGUGUGGACAUUGAAGCGCGUUACGCUGCUACGAGCUGCGUGUCGAACAUCUGCACGCAGGCUGGGAAGACGCCCGAGGUGUAUCACUACUUUUCGUCGUUAUUGCGGAUGGUGGUGGAGAACUUUCGGCAGCAAGCGCUCAGUUUGACCAAGGGAGAGAACGACCGGAUCCUCGUGAAAGCCUGCACUUCGAGCAUGAAGUGCAUCUUCACCAUAAUCAACUCGAACUUUGACCGCCUCAAUGAUCGCAUUGUCGCGACUUUGCCCAGUCUGCUCAGCUCCAUGCGCCAAGUCGUAGGUUAUGGAUUGGUACUCAAGUGUGACCAGAAUGACGUGAAUACGGUCGUAUUCUCGUUUCAAGAAGAGAUUCAUCCUACCGACUCGGAUUCGUCAGUUUGUGGUUCGGACGGUAGCACUGGAGGACGCCAGAUCGGAGACGGUUUGUUGGCUCGGCUGCGUAUUACCGUCCUGUACACGCUGGAAGCUAUUGCGCAGCACUUCCCCAAAGCGAUCACGUCGUCUAUGGGGCUAUAUUUACCGGAGCAGACCACGCCGUACAUGACGCUGUUUAACAACACUCCAUCAGUGCUCACUCUGCUCAUCGCAGACCCAAGUGAAAAGGCCAGGAUCACUGCUGCGAAGUUUUUGGACGUGUUCUGGGAGAAGAUUCCUCUGAAAAUGUACUUUCGACGCCCUUCCAAUGCCGGUACGACGGCUGCAGUGCCCACGUCGUCGAUGCCGUUUGCGUCGAUGCCCAAGCGAAUGUCUUUGAUGCUGUACCAAAUGCACGUCACCUUGGUGUACUGUAUCCAGCACGAAAAAGAGUCCGCACCACUUUCACAAAUACUGAAGAGCACAGCGUCGGUGAUCCAGCACUUCCCGUAUGGGAAUGUAGCUACGUUGCUUGACCAGAUGGAGCUAAAGCCAAGCCUGGGGGAUAUCUUGAAGGCGCUCGCGUCAAGUUUGUAUGUUUCAGCAGCGUCAACAGAUCAUGGUGUGCGGAUGGCAAGCUUGUCGUGUAUGUCGGCGUUGCUCAAUGUUCAGGAAACGCUCCCAGCGAUCCUAGACUGGAUGAUUCACACAAGCGAUACUGAUGAAGUCAUUCGAGUGGCACAUGUAUCUAUUGCAUGUGGUACGUGGCUUCUGCGCCGCCGUUCGUUUGUGGAAGAGCUCUUGCUGAUGGCAUCUCGGCCUGACGAUUCGUCACGCACACUGUUACGCUUGGAGGCGAUGUCGCUUCUGUCCAAGAUUGCCAAGAACUAUUCGCCUGCAUUAAGUGCUAAUUGGCAGAAACUUGCAGAGUUUAUGCUGGCGGCUUUCCAGGACAUGGAUCCAAAUGUCCGUCUUCAAGCGGUGAAGAUACUGGAAAAUUACAUCAAGGGAGAGAACAGUACUUCCGAGAGCGUAGCGCCUGGUAGCCCAACCGCACAACAAACCUGUCGCGUGGACUGCUUGGAGUUUAUGGCGACGCAUUUGGUGAGAGCGUUCUAUGACACAUCGCACCAUGUCCGUGCCAGUGUCUGCGCUUGCUUCACGCUGUUGGCCGCUCAAGACUGGGCCUGGCUUGGUGAAAAGAAGCAUCCACGACGACUUCCAGUACUGGCAGCCAAGAGUGGUGGCUACAAUGGAGGCGGCCCGAACGUGUCGUGUCUGGACUCCUAUACUCGCAUCUUCCUGCAAACUCCGAAAGACAGCUCCCCUGUGGUCCGUGCUGCAGGUUUUCGAUUGUUGGGAUCGCUGUGUCUUGCGCCCACAUUCAAGACUCGUGCGUUUGCGAGUAGUGUGGUGACUCUGGCUUUGGAUGCUUUGAGUGACUCUACCUUGAAUGUCCGUGUUCGAGCUGCGUGGGCGCUAGGCAACGUCUGUACUACCCCUGGACCAGAGUCGAUUGGUGUGACUGAUGCACCGCCAUUACCGCCGCCUGCACCCCCGUCUUCAUUUGUUACCAAGAAUGAAACCUCAACGUCAUAUCCACCGCUACCUCCUCAAGUGCUGUAUGAGCUCCUGCCAGCGUAUCAAUUGAAAGUAGUGAUCGAGAAGAUGCUGGUGUAUAUCAACGACAAUGACAAGGUGGCAUCAAGUGUAGCGCGUACGUUGGGGCUCGUGUGUCGUUGGAUUAGCUUCCCGCCAUUCUGGCGCACUCUCAACACACCGAAGGACCGAGCAUUGCUGGACGAUCUUCUGGGACAAGCAAUGGUUGUGCUGGCUGGGAAGAUUAAUGCGGGCUCGCCCAAAGUACGAUGGAAUGCCUGUCACGCCAUUGCCAAAGUGUUGCUGUGCCCCAAUCUACCUCUUGCGUCUGUGACGUGGGCUCCCUCAGUCUUCCAAGCAUUGCUGACUGCUGUCGCGCAACAAGAGAAUUUCAAGGUGCGGAUCAGUGCCGCUACUGCGUUGCGAGUAUCCCAAACGCGUAGUGCGUUCGGUUCUUUCUUCCAGUCGGCGCUUCGAGCUACAGUGGAUGCGUUGGAGACGGCGUCGGAUCUGAAAGAUGUCACCGAAUUUCGCUACAAGGAGCAGUUAGAGACACAGUUGUCGUUCACAUUGGUGCAUCUGAUCCACAUUGCCACCGAGGAAGACGAUCUGAUGAUAUUGGAGGCGUUGAAGGCCAAGCCUCGUGGAUUUCUGUACGACUGGCUGCUGCAUAAUCUCCACCGCAUGGUCGCGGCGAUCGAGCGAGAGAGUGAAGCUGUCACUGGAGCGAGUACGAUUGGAGGUGAUUGCACGGAUGAAAGCCGUGCGGGAGGAACUGGUGACGCGCACGAUGUGAACCCCAUUAAGAAAGACGAACUGCUAUCGGCAGUGCGCUCGUUACUGCGCAUUUUGGAGCGCCUUAACACUGACAAGGCUUACGUGACCAGCUGCGUUUCGCUCCUGCUCGACACAAAGAUCGGACUGGAGCACGAUGUACUAUAUUCCAACGAGGAUAUCCUGUUUGAGCUUUGAGAGGGCUACGCAGGUAUCGUCAUCGGUAGCAGUAAGUAUCACACAUAGCGGAUGAGAAGAGCGAGCAGCCCUGCAAACCGAUGACCACAACAAUAUUUGAAUGGCACGCUAGUUAUUAUUCGGCCAAAUGAUUGCACCAUCGUA